AUGACCCCCGCAAAGAUGCCCCUUCGGGCUGAUGAAGAGAUGGGCAAGAAAGAUGACGACCAUCGGCCAUAUGAUCAAGCGCGCUUCCCAUACCUACAACACCGACCAAUGCCUCGACCUCGCCGGAUACUAUUUGCUAUCUUUGCGCUUGUUCUCGUUUAUGAAUUCUUCAAACACAUGCCGACAGACCUGGGACCUGCCGCCGAUCGGUACAACCCUGCGAUUGCGAAACUACGAGAAGAAAGCCUUGCCAAAUUGACUGGCUCAGAUAAGCCACUGGCUGUUCCCAAUUCAGAUAUUGUACUAUCCGACAAUUCGCCACCUGUCAGGGAGUCGGAAUCGAACCAAAAAGAGGAAGCUUACGACGGGAGGAUCAAGUUCUACGAGUUGGCCCACUCUCUUCCUCGCUACAAAUAUUCGCAGAAAGCCGCUAGUCGUGCGAUUGUGUUUGCAGCCUCAAGUCUCCGCAGUGUGUCAGAUCUCUUGCCCCUAGCUUGUCGCAUGGCUGGUGAGCAGUUGAACUACGUGCAUUUCACCCUGAUGGGAAAGGACGAUGUUUCGAUUGAAGGUAUCAAGGAAGUUAACGGAAUCAGAGAUAGUGAAUGCCCGAUGGCUUGGCACGAUGCUCGGCCGGACUAUGCACCAAGAUCUACCGAUGAUCGUAUGAAGCGAUCCGUGAUAGGAGGGUUGCAAAACAUACAAACCUACAUCAGCCCUGAGGCUAUCAUAACACAAGAUCAGGGCUGGGAGGAUUCCUUCUUCUGGGACGGGGUUGAGGUCUAUUCUCAAGAAAAAGGCAUUCCCCAUGUUGCUCUCUCCACUGCUUCAAGAGAUCUUAUGUGGAUAGCCUCGCUGGAUAGCAAGGCUCUUCGAUCGUGGAAUAAAGUACAAAUCGAAAUGGUGGUGCAUGCCCCCUCCGAGUCUUCUGGGUCUUUGAUCAGGCUUAUCAAGUCAUUGGAUGCAGCCGACUAUUUAGGGUCAAGUCCAAGCUUGACAAUAGAGCUCCCACAGCGGGUAGAUUCGCAGUUGCUUCAGUUUCUACAGCAUCUAGAUGGGUUGACCCAGCUUCCCGGCCGACUCACUAUUCGGCGACGCAUUCAACCGCAUAACUUGGACACGGCGGAAUCAUCGCUCCGAACCGUGGAGUCGUUCUAUCCACGGGAUCCUGAGAUGACACAUUUGCUUCUGCUAUCUCCACAGACCGAGCUUGCACCAUCGUUCUACCACUACUUGAAGUUUGCUGUACUGAAUUACAAACAGUCUGCCCGUGCCAAGCGCAUAUUUUUCAAUAUGAUCGGUAUCUCACUCGAACUGCCAUCAUCCAAACCCACAGCUGAUAGCCAACCUUUCACCCCACCGCCCAUGAAUGUUGAAGGCAAAGAGCAGUUCCUUCCCUCAUUCCUGUGGCAGUCGCCCAAUAGCAAUGCAGUUUUGUAUUUCGGUGAUGCGUGGGCGGAAUUCCAUUCCUUUAUGGCUAACCGCCUGUCGACUCCGGAAUCCGCGGCGGCCCCCCAAACAAAGUUGAUAUCAGAGAAAUAUCCUGCCUUUAUGGAACACAUGCUCGAGAUGAUCCGUGCCAAAGGAUAUUAUCUCCUGUAUCCAUCAUUCCCGGGCAUCAAAUCUCCCUCAAUUGCCACAGUACACAACGAGCUAUAUCAGACCCCAGAAGAAUUCGGAGGCUCCAAUCCCGCUACCUCGGGCGAAGAAGCCACUCAAGCCAUCCAUGACCCUACUCAGCCGCUGAUAGGUGGAGAUUCUAGUGGCUUGGAAUCUAUUGAAAAACCCCUGGACCGCGCAUCAACUAUUAUGCCGCUGCUUGACUUGUUCUCUUCGGGUCUUGCCGAUCUUGAUGCUUUGCCUCUACUUUCAUACGACGGAGUUAGAUUGACGGCCGCGGCAUACUCCAAACAGACGGAAGAAUAUGCCAAGCAGUUUAGGACUCAUUACGGAGGAUGUGCCAAAGAUAGCAAGGUUGAUGAUCCCUCGAGAGACCUAUUAUUUUGUGUUCAAGAGUGA